UACUGCUUUAAAAUGUAAUACAGAACGAAGAAAUUUUAAGUUAGUGUGCAAUACAACUUAAUUAAAUCUGCGAAACUUAGCUAAAAUGUCUGAAAAAAGGAAGCAUCAAAAAAACCUUUCUCACGUCGAUUAAUGGCAACUUAAAACAAUUUUCCACAUGCACUAUUAACACAAUCAGAUCCGGGCCCAAAGUAAUUGAUUGGCCAAUUUCGUUGGCUUAAAUUAAUUCCCGCUUUCAAAGUGCAUGUUACAAAUUGCUUAGAUCGAAGUUAAGUUUUAGGAGGGCAAAAUGCUUAGAAGCUGUCAUUUAAAGUACUGUUAUGGCAUUUUGAUUAGCCUUUUCAUUUUCUGUGAUACCGCUUCCGGCGACUUGAUUAGGGUGGACAAAAAUAUUUUGGAGGAUGCCAAUCUGAUCACGCCGAAUCUGAUCAAGAAGUAUGGUUAUCCUGCGGAAACACACAAGAUCCAGGCCAAGGAUGGCUUCGUCCUGACGGCUCAUCGCAUUCCCAAGCCCGGAGGACAACCUGUGUUGUUGGUACAUGGCCUGCUGGACAGUUCGGUGGCAUAUGUGAUACUGGGUCCCGAAAGGUCCUUGGGCUUCCUGCUCAGCGAUCUGGGUUACGAUGUUUGGCUACUCAACACGCGGGGUAACCGGUAUUCGCGGAAGCACAGGCGAUACCAUCGAUACCAGCCGCAGUUCUGGGACUUCUCCUUCCAUGAGCUCGGAAUGUACGAUCUUCCGGCGGCCAUUGAUUAUAUCCUAGCGAGGAGCAAGGGCUACGAACAGAUCCACUAUGUGGGCCACUCACAGGGCACCACAUCCUUCUUUGUGAUGGGCAGUGAAAAACCAGCCUAUAUGAAGAAGAUCAAACUUAUGCAGGCUCUGGCUCCGGUUGUCUUUUGGGACUACCUCGAUUCACCGAUUAUACUCACUUUUGUGAAGUACUUGAGACCAUUAGUGUUUAUUGCCAAAUCGUUUGGAAUUUACGAAUUUCCGCCGGAGAACGAAGUGUGGCGAAGUCUGAUACAAAAGAUCUGCAGCUUCGUUUUCCAGAACACCUGCACCUAUUUCCUGAUGGAAGCCAUGGGCGUGGACUACGCACAAUUCAACUCCAGCCUUCUUCCGCUCUUCACGGGACACGCAUCCUCGGGAUCAUCGGUUAAGUCCCUGGAGCACUUUGGCCAGCAGAUCCACAGCGGUGGGUUCUUCAAGUACAAUUACUACAGCACCUGGGAGAAUCGAAGAAACCACGGAGCCGACACUCCGCCACAGUACAACCUCACUAAUGUCGACUGCAAAGUGGCACUGUACUACAGCAAGAACGAUCGUCUAACAUCCGACAAGGAUGUGGUUCGAUUACGUAAUAUCCUGCCAAAUGUAGUGCUCGAUUACCUAUUUCCGGAUCCUUUGUACAACCACAUCAACUUCAUUUGGGGAAAUGAUGUGAAAACCGUUCUCAACGAUCGCAUUAUAGAACUUAUGCGAAAAGUUGACAAUGGCGAAGUGUAGGAGUACUAUAUUUAAUAUUAAAUCAAUCCAAAAAGUAAGGCCAACCUUUUCUGUGUUAUCUAAAUAUUUAAAUUAUUUGGUUUCUAAGAGUACCUCAUUACAGCCAGUAAUGUUUUUUGUUUAUUUCUUACUUUAAUCUUAAAAAUGUGUAAAUGCCCAGUGUAGCAAAUUGUAAAUAUUUAUACACGUAUUAUGUGAUAGACAAUAAAUAAGUGGCUUAAUUACCAAUAA